AAACAAUUGUGCAGAAUUUUAUUUUCUCUCCGAACAGCAGGUCUUUAUUUUGGGCACAGCAAAUUAAAAAUAAAAGGAUCAAAUUUAUCUUACCAAUAAUACCAUGAUGUGUCCCUGUUGUGUGAACUCUCUCAGUCUCUCUCACUCAAAACAAUUAAACUUGUACUAAACUGUCUCUCAACUCUUGCGGUCCGCACCUUUUCCACCCCUGACGCCGUUUGUCUCUCUCGAAUCAAGACUGUCUGGCUGGUAACACAUCAGACACGUCCACCUAUCACCACACGUUGGAAGUGUAAGAUUAAAAAAUAUCAAUGUUAAAAGUAUAUUUUUGUGGCUCCAGCUGAGGCCGGUGAUAUUUAUAAAUACGUCUAGGGAUUACAAAUGUGGAGUGAAAAAAAUAGCUCGCGCGGUGGGUGCAUGCGAAACCUCUCUUCUCACUCAGUCCUCCAGUCCGUCUCAGUGUGUCGACCAAUCACUUUCAAAACUCUAUCUGCUCAUCUCUUACUCAUUUUUUUGCCAACUUUUCUCUCUCACUUUACUUUUCACGGGUUGCUGCUUUUUGUUUUCCAUACUUUUAAUUUAAUUCGUUAAUUAUUGUAGCCAAGUGAUCAUGGAUUAUGCCCUCAGCAAAUGGGGCCAAUUGACUCAUCAAGAAUCGACGGACGAAAAUGGAGAGCCGAAAAGUCCAUUUGCAGACACGACCAUCGAGAAGAUGCCCGACAAGGUGCUGCUCAACAUCUUUUCUUACCUGUCGCACCGCGAGAUCUGCAGACUGGCCACUAUUUGCAAGAAGUGGCGUCAGAUUGCUUACGACACGAGACUUUGGUCUGCCGUGUCCCUUCGGCCCGAAAUAUCUGGCCUGCACGUCAGCAGCCUCGAAUCCCUCCUCGCCCUAAUCAGUGUGAGAUUUGGCGCUUCUCUGCGCUACAUUGAGCUGCCCAUUGAGGUAAUUACGCACAAUGUCUUCCAUGAGCUGGCCAACAAGUGCCCAAAUUUGACUCACAUGCUGCUGGACUUUUCCACCGCCAUGCAGCUGCAUGACUUCAGCGAAAUGCAGGCAUUUCCCACCAAACUCAAAUAUCUGUGCAUUUGCCUCUCUGAGGUCAUCUUCAUGGAAGGUUUCAUGAGGAAAAUUUACAACUUCAUCAACGGCUUGGAAAUCCUCCACCUCAUUGGCACGUAUGAAAAGGUUGAGGAAGAGGAAGAAGAGGUCUAUGAAGUCAUCAACGUGCACAAGCUCAAGGCGGCCACCCCUAAUUUGAGGGUGAUCAACAUGUACGGAAUUACGUUUGUCGACGACAGCCACAUAGAAGCAUUUUCCUCAAACUGCAUCCAAUUGGAGUGCCUGGCCGUGAAUUUCUGCAACAAAGUUACCGGCUCGUGUCUCAAAACCGUCUUCCAACGCAGCAAGCGCCUCAGGUGCCUUUUGAUGAAUCAGACAAGCUUGCAGAGUGAACACCUAAUGCAGGUGGAGUGGGAAAAGACGGCGGUUCAGGAACUUGACAUUUCGGCCACCGAUUUGUCCACCGAGUGUCUAAUUGACAUGCUGACUAGAAUUCCAGCCCUGAGAUACCUGAGCGCCGGCCAAAUCAAUGGAUUCAACGAUUCCGUCAUGAAAGCGUGGAUGGAGCAGGGCAACCCCAAAAAUAUUGUCGGUCUAGAUCUGGACGCGUCCGACAACUUGAGCGACGAGGCCAUCCACAGAUUUGUGUCAAAAUAUGGUCCCCAGCUACAGGCACUGUCUCUGUCAGGUAUGCCGCACAUCACUGACCAGUUGUGGCAGGCCAUUCUACCCAUUUUGAAGAGCAUCAAGAUUAUUAUUAUGGGAACACAAGAGCGCCUCGGAGUGAAUAUUCACGUUGACCAGUUGAUGGACGGCAUUGCUAACAACUGCACAAAUCUGGAGCGCCUGGAGCUGCGCUGGGACCCUGAGAACCUCAGGUUCUCUGACAAGAGCCAAAAGGCGAUUGAUAUUCUCCGCGUCAAGUGUCUCAAGAUGAAGGCGCUGGGUCUCAGUGAUGGACGUUACUACGAAAUUGUGAAAGCCAACUUCGAGCGUGCCGAUAGAAAUACGGUGGUCAGGGCUAUCACCGCCUGCAGAGUCUCCACAUACUACAUUCUGCAGAACUACAGAGAACUCAUUUUCAACUAAGAAAUCCUUUUCCCAUUUGAUUUAUAAAAAUGAAGUUAUCAACCCUCAGCACUAAUUUUAAAUUAAAUUUUGUCAUUAUUAAAUUAAGCCUUUGAUUAA